AUGGCUCAUGGCGAUUCUCGGGUUGUUGUGAGCGGAGGAAUCAUACUUAACAAGUUUCGAAUAUUCUUGGAGCGACUGUCUCAAGAAAUCGAGGAAGACCAGUUACAAGGCUUGAAAUUUAUACUGCAGGGAUCCAUCCCGUCAGGACAUCUGGAGAAGUGUAGCAAACCAAGAGAUUUGUUUUCAAAAAUGUUACAACAGGGUCUCUUGGGAGAGGACAACUUAGACAACCUUGAGAAACUUUUAACGGACGUUAAAAGGCUCGAUCUUGUGAAACGUGUAAGAGUUUAUAGACAGAGUGAAUUACCAGGUAAUGUGAUAGCAUUGGAUUUUCUUCAUUUUUCUUUGUAGUUAGAAUAAUGCCGAUAUACAAAUGGUUGAUUUUUUAAUAUCAUAAGAUCAAGGACUCAAUUCAUUGAUAUAAGUGCCCCAAGAUAAACCAGUGUUAUACGUCGAUCAAUUCGAAGCGUCAACGCGCCCUCCCCCUCUUGGGCAUUUGAAAUUUUGCAGAUUGGUUUGUUCAAAUUCCCGUCCCCAAACUGGGGCCAAAAUUGUGUUCAAAUGCCCUACCCAAAUGCCAGAUUUGAUGGUGAACGUGUUUAUUCCGCGGAGAAGACUUGACACUUCCCAUCCCAUCCAGACAAGAUUAAAAUUCCUCACCCCAGGGCAAGGAUGACAGUCAAAUUACCUGAUGCUUGGGGAGGGGGAUGUUGAAGCUCGAAUUGAUCAACUCUUAACGGCGAAUACUGCACCACUGGCAGAACAGAAACCUCUUUAUAAGGGCUAGAAAACAACUACCAGAGGACUGAGAGCUUCUGUUGUGAUCCAGACAUGUUCCUUUCCUUUCCAUUCAGCAACAUGUGAGUGUUACCCAAACUAGCAAGAUUAGGUCCACCUCAAAUGACUCCUCCAACUGCUCUGACCUUGAAUAGGGGGGUAGCAAAUGGUGGCAAGAAUAAGAAAACUGUGAUCAAGAGGACUGAGAGCUUCUGUUGUGAUCCAGACAUGUUCCUUUCCUUUCCAUUCAGCAACAUGUGAGUGUUACCCAAACUAGCAAGAUUAGGUCCACCUCAAAUGACUCCUCCAACUGCUCUGACCUUGAAUAGGGGGGUAGCAAAUGGUGGCAAGAAUAAGAAAACUGUGGAGUUAUAAAAUUUCAAAAGCCAUCGCCAGAAAUUUUGCCAUGGGUACGUCAUCAUAACUAUGGUUAACUAUGAACAGCGCAAACUUAGUCCAUCACUGAAUAAAGCAGAACAGUUCGUAAAGCUGAAAAGAGGGACUUCUGUGGUUAAAAUUUAAUGUAAUGAUAGUUACUUGCUCUUCAAUGGUUUAGUUAAUUCUGAGCUCAGAGCCCAGGGAUAUUGAAUAUCCGUCUGCGGAAUGAAGUGGCUGGUUUUUGUUGACCUGUGCAUUAGAUUUGAAAUAGUGUAAAUUUAUUUAUGGUUGUUAACACUAAUCGACCAGUAUUUCUGAUCACGCCAUGCACAUUUAAAUCAAAGUUUAUUGCGAUGUUGAGAAGCUCAGUUAAAGUGGAACAAUCUGGAGAAAAAGGUGUUAAACAGCUAAACUCUAUGAAGAUAAUCAGUGAACUGCAGUUCAAUGUAUCCCAGCCCCUGGAAACAUGACCCCAUUGUUUUGGGGGACAGCUAGCGCUGUUAUGUUUUAAAUAAAUGAAAAAAAGUUUUGAAGGAUUCAAGGUACUGAGGGUGUGCUAAGUGCAGGAAAUGCAUGACAAUUAUAUUAGAUUCAGGGUAACAUGAUUGAAUUAGAUCUAGUCAGUUCAAGGUGCAAGUAGGAGAGGGUAAGAGAGGGUUGACAGGAGUCAUUUGUUGUUGAUGCACUAACAAAAAGUCCAUUCUACCAAAAAUAAAUUUUAUUUGUUACUUCUGCAGCUGUGGAGCUGGUCUGCUUCUCUUUUGGUAUGCAAGCAGAUGUCAAUGUGCAACAAAACCUUGUGCACAGCAUGAAUGCAUUUCUGGGUUUUGAUCCCUCAGAAAUACACCUGGAAGGAAGUGAGCAAGUGGGAGUCAAUUGGUGGAAUUUAAAUUUUAAAAUCACCAAUAGGAAGGAAAUGGUAGACAGCCUUCGAUGGGCUGCCAUUCACAAACUCCCUUGGCUUAACCAUUGCGGGGUCAAAGCAGUGAGAAUUGGCAAUGAAUCUCAAAUUCUAUUGCAGCCAAUUACACGCUCACUCUCUUUAAUCACUCCAGGUGAGUGCUUGUAACAGUGUGGAUGUUAACUUAUAAAAAUGACAAAGUGGAAUCAACCCACAAAAUAGUCAUGACAAUUAGUUACUUAAUAUGUCAAUUGAAAGUAAAAGAUGAUAAACUUUGGAUAUGAGGAAGUAAUGAUAAUAGAGAAAAGUACCAUAGAUGCUCAUGUUCAUAAAUCAAAGCAAAGUGUUGGGCUUUGACUUCAAGCAUCUAACUGCAAAAUUGGAACAGGCUGUGGUGUUUGAAUCCUUUUGAGGAUUAAAAAAAUUUCAGUCAAGAUUAAAAUGUGUUUUUGAAUAGGGUGACAUUUUUGUAGCCCAAGUACAAUUAGUCAUUUAGAUUUGUCGGUUUGAUAUUAACCCAUUUCACUUUCAAGAUCCUAUUAUCAAUUGCUUAGUCAAUCACACAGUUCUUACAGUUGUUCUUGUUCUAGUCCCAAGAAUUUGGUGUCAGGUCAAGGUGCCUAGUUGUUGCUUUAAUGAGUUUUUCCUCAUCACCUCUCACCUUGACAAUUUAAUGAAAUUAUGAGGAGAAAUCAGAAGGAAAUAACUAGACUAUAAAAAAAAUCUACCAGUAACUUUUUCCUUGAUGUUUCCUUUCUUUGCCAUCUCUUCCUAUUUACAGCUGAUAUACAGACUUGUGAACAAAAUUGGAAAGAAUGUUCUAUGCAUUUUGAUAUGCUGUUCUGUUUUGUGAAUGUGUUUCAAUUUUUUUCUGUUUUCUUUGCUACACAUGCAGAUUGCAAUCACAAUGACAACAACCUGGACCUGAUUCUAGUCGUUGACUGUGCUUUAUCAAAUCCAGUGCUGUUAGGACGUCUGAAGACUCAACUGAGGCACCUGAUCAAUGAUAUUUUUGACAAUUUCCAUCUCAGACUGGCACUCAUCAGUUACCAAAACCAUCAAAGGCAUCCACGCCCUGGAAUGCGAUCUGGUGAUCCUCGAAUCAAUAACACAGCACUCAUACAGAAAUUUACAGACAGAAAGGAUAUUAUGAAAGAAACCAUAGAAAGCCUGCGUCGCCUUGGGAGGCCAGGUGGAACAAGAGGGCUGGCAGAUGGACUGGCAUUAGCAGUCCAACUCAGUGAAGUUGGCGGUGAUAGUAACAACUUAAAGUGUCGCAAAAAUGCCAUCAAAGUCUGCAUAUUACUGCGUGAGUAUAAAUAAAGUCAUUUGUAAAGAAUUACAAGAAAAGCUAUGGGAACUCACUGCCUCAGAUAAUGCUUACAGUUGUAGAACUUUGCCUUGGCCAAUUUACAUUUGCAACUCCGUUGUUAACACUAAAUUACCUGCUACAUAUAUUAAUAUAAAUAUAUUAAUAACCUCUGUGGCUGCAAAGUUCAGGGUAUUACUUCCUUGAGAUUGUGGUAAAGCUAUGAAUGAGAAGAUACUGCUUUCAUUUAUGCCUUCACAUAGAAAUAUCUAGAUUAUUAUUGCAAUUUUAUAAGAUUCACGAAUCAUGAUUAAUAGCAUUUUGGCUUCAUCUAUUUUAUUGCAGCCAUAUUGGAUCAAAGAAAAACUCUUGAAAAUUUUCAGUGUGAACAUGGCCAUGAUGUAAUGAAGCUCUGUCAUCAGCUUACAAAGAAUUAUGUCACUCUUCAUACUAUUGUGAUCUCCCAGCCAGAGCCAGCAUACAUUCCAGACCCAGCACAUGACUUAGUGACCGACUUUUUCACAGGAAUUUCCCUAAAGACAGGUGGUAAAUUUUUCCAGAUAUCCGAUGUCAAAUUUAUUUCUGAGGUAAGAACUUAAAGGCUCUUUACCCUUACACUCUCAAGAUCAGAGAGAUACAGUAUUGUGCAUACAAUGUUAGUGAAGCAAGUAAACUUAUAGGAAUUUCUUUCCUUUUGGGUUUUUUUUUAAAAGAUUAUUUUGCAAUCAAAUUGCUGACAAAAUUUCAAGGAACGACUUUUCAGGAAUUUUCAAACUCUUGUUUUUAUCCACUGGAACUUAUAAAAUCUGAUUUUCUGUGGAAGUUAAUAAAUUUCAAAAUUUCAAGGGAAAGUUUGCCCGAAAGGAAAGUGUACAGCAACUAUCCUAAGAAAAUGCACUUCAACUGAUAAGUCUUGCCAAAUGAACUUCAAGUAAAUUGCUUGCAUGACUUGAUGUUUUGUCAUUUGAUGCACAAGUCAACUGAAAUCUGUUCAUUGACUUCAAUCAAAUCCCGACUGGAGGGUUUUCUUUUAAAAAUGUAAUUGCUUGUUGAUAACUUCAUUAAUUUAUUAUUUCACUAUAAUUAUGAUGAUAGUCAUUUUACCAAUUAAGGUCGUGAGAACCUGCAAAAUGUGCUAUGAUAUUACACUGUAGAACAAGCCAAAAAUACGGAGCAACAAAAUUGCCACUAUGAGCACUCCAAAUUUUGAUUAUAUUUUCCCUUUUUUAGGCUUGCUUUUGAAAGAAACAAUUAUUAAGCACAGCAUAUUAUUUUUUUGUUGGUCACAAGUGAAACUUAGUGAAUGGUUUUGUUUUUGUUAAGUUGGUCUUUUAUGUCUUCCUUAUGCGAUCAAUAUGAUGUACAGAUAGGCCAUUGGAUGUGUUUUGCAAACUAAAUCAAAGUACCAAGAAGUGAAAUAGUAGUGGAAGAAUAAAUCUUUUAUUUCCUUGCCCCUUUGGGGCUUGGAAAAAUAAUAGUGAGUUGAUACAACUUGCAAAAUGUCCACAUUUAUUAAGCAGAGUAUGUUAACCAUUGAAUAAGGUGACUAGUAUAUAAUUCUCAUUGACUAGUUUGACAUGCAACUUUGCAUUUGUUGUAUGUAUUAGUCUUAGAGGGGAAACAGCCCAAUAUUAUCUAUUUAUAAAUUUCUGGUAAGUGAAGUGGUCAAAUGAGUCUUGUGAUCUAUAGAAAUUAUGUAUUCCACAUAGGAACCUAUCAAACCUACCUACCUGUACCUGUGGAAAGCAAAUAAAACACAUAGUUUGAUCACUGACAGGUAUCUUAUUUAACCUGGACCACAUUGUAGAGUUUUAUUUGAGUUUUGAUGAAGGUGACUGUUCCUUAAAAAUCAUUGGUCAUGAAUUGAUGACUGAAGUAGCCAGCAAAAUGUAAAAGGGGUACAACAUUACUAUAAAACUUACCUACCCUCUUAGUUUAAGAGUCAGUUAGAAGACUUAACAAUCACUGAAUAUUUGUGUUUAAUUGCCUUGGCUAAUUUGCCUUUUGAUAGGUUGCCAGGUAUAUAAUUGCUGCAAAUAUCUCUGAGGAACAUCUCUUUGGCACUGCCUAUGACAUUGUUAUUGAGGAAAUAAGAAAGACAGAAGGUGGAGAUGUCUCCUUAGAAGAUCUGAAUAUUAAACUUCAAGAGGGCCUUAAUCAAAGAUCUUUUCAUGUCAGUAGUGUGCUAUUCAAUGGACAAUUGGCCAUUGGACCAGCUACAAAGUUGGCAAAGAAAUUCUCACUGGAUGAAGACUUUCCCAGUGCUUGUGAGACAUUUCAGUCUGCUCUGGAAAAAAGGCGUCAAUCUACCUGUAACAUUGUUGCAGCACCUGGAACACCAAGUGAUGUUGACAUGGAGGAAGCACAAACUACCACCUCACAAUUUUCAUUAUCAACUGAUUGUGUAAUAACCACUGAAGUCUCAGAGAGGAUACUCCAGAGAGUUGUUCAACGGAGAUUCUGGCCUGGAUAA